AGUGGGAGGUGCGGAAGCAGAAACAUCAACCUCUGACGUGUACCAAUUGUCGGUGAAACUAAUCUGCGUGUACUGUUGAUUGAAAUAAAUGCAAGAUGUUAAAAAUAAUCUGUCUUUUGGCAAUAUGUAGUUUCUGUAUUGCUGAACCUACUGGUUUAGAGACAGUCGACGAUAAAAAGCUCACAGAUCUGAUAGGAAACGAGAAAUAUGUGGUUGUGCUCUUCACAAAGAAAGAUUGUGAGACUUGCGACAACUUUGAGAAUGAGUUGAUUCAUUUAAAAGAAGAUCUGAUAAACUCCUUGAUUCCAUGGGUUGUUAAGGCUGUGGAUAGUCAGCUUCGUAAAAUUUAUAUCCCAGAUGAGGAGCCUAUACUUGUCUUCUUUAGAUAUGGAAUACCUUUACUCUAUGAUGGGCCAUUAAAUGAUGAAGAAAUAUUGACUCUUUUUACGGAAAAUAAGGAACCUACUGUAAAGCAAUUAACAGAUGAUACAUUCGAGCAUUUAACUCAGGCAAGCAGUGGGGCUACAACUGGAGACUGGUUUGUUAUGUUUUAUAGUACAGAUUGCAUGGAGUCUAUUCGAAUGUCUACUAAAUGGGAGACUGUAGGAGCAAAGCUUAAGCAUAGGGUUAACGUAGCACGGAUUGAUAUAUAUACUACUGGAGCAUCCACAGCCAGAAGAUUCAAAGUUUCUGAGACUCCUGCAUUUAUAUUCUUCAGGCAUGGUAAAAUGUAUCGUUACGAAAUCCCGAAAUACGAUAUUAAUGCAUUUGUAUCAUUUGCAAAAGAUUGGUACAAAAAUGCGCGUGCCGAAAUUGUACCUGUACCGCAAACCCCAUUUGAUGAUUUCGUACAAACGAUCGCAAAUGGACUUCGUGAUAAUCCAUGGAUCAUGAAGCUUGGUAGUAUUACCAUUGGUGUACUUAUUAUAAUUUCGGUAGCGUCUAAAUUCAGACGCAAACCUGAGAUGCCUCAAAAGAAAGACUAAUAAUUUUAUGCACCAAAAAUAUGUUAUGGGUACUGUGUCAAACUAUUCAUGUUUACAAUAAAACUUUUUAAAUACAAUUGUACUGUACUUUUCGACUAUUUUCAUGUUAGUUGACAACAAUAUGCUUCCACAAUUGUAUUGAUAAAUUCAGUACCCAUAAUAUGUACAGAGAGAUAUAAAUUUGUUUAUAUUCCUAGACAUUGCAUUUUAUUCCAUAUAAAAUAGUGUGUGAUAGUUACAAUGUGGUUCAUUUUUUUAACAGAAAUAUUUUUUACGUUUUACAAUAAAUAUUCUUAAAUAAAAAUUGUUGCUAUUAAAAGAUGUUAAAAUAUUUAUCAUAGUGUCUUCUAAGAACAAAUAUUUAUGCUAAUGGAAGUGUGCGUUUUACAUUUACAUUUGCCCACUUAACAAUUAAAUACCACCUGAUUGAAAGCAAUAUAUUUAUUUAAGUAUUAUAAAUUAUACUUCAAUUAUACUUUAACUUAUUUGCAUUAAAGAAAUAAAUUUGAAUGUCCACAUCAUCACAUUCAUUAGAUACAUACACCUCUUUAUAACUUUUAUUG